UGCGCGCCGCGGCGGCACGGGUACCCUCCCCUUCCGGGCGUGAGGCGCUGUGAGGAAAGCUGAAGCGAGCGGACUCGCACCGGCAGCGAGACGCCGCUACCGCCGCCCCAGCCCAGCCUCCCUCGGCUUCGGCGCUCCCGUUGUGGGGGCCCGGGUUCCUCAGCACACCCAGCUCCAGCAGCCCCAGAGCCUGUCCCCAGUCCUUCGGAAGCCCCGGCGCCAGCCCGGGCCCUUGGCGGGGAGGAUGACGGAGCUGCAGUCGGCACUGCUACUGCGAAGACAGCUGGCAGACAUUCUCUGUUGACUUCUUGCUAUGACAGAUGUUUUCAGUCCCACUUCUCACUACGACGGUCACUGAACUGGCGCCUCUCUGGGGUUCUGCCCAGAAGAUUAGCCUUCCUCGCCCGCUGCACCCCCUCUCCCUUGUAGGAAAACAAGACAAAGGCAAAACACAAAUAAUGGAAACAAAGCUACCAAAUAUGUUGCCGAAUGAUGAAUCUGCUUUAAAAAUCCAGGAGAAUCAACUGAAAGUUAGAAACAAGAGCAAAGAACUCAACAAAAACCCAGUGGAAGGCUUUUCAGCAGGUUUAAUAGAUGACAAUGAUCUCUACCGAUGGGAAGUCCUUAUUAUUGGUCCUCCAGAUACACUUUAUGAAGGUGGUGUUUUUAAGGCUCAUCUCACUUUCCCAAAAGAUUAUCCCCUUCGGCCUCCUAAAAUGAAAUUCAUUACAGAAAUCUGGCACCCAAAUGUUGAUAAAAAUGGUGAUGUAUGCAUUUCUAUUCUUCACGAGCCCGGAGAAGAUAAAUAUGGUUAUGAAAAGCCAGAGGAGCGCUGGCUGCCUAUUCACACCGUGGAAACCAUCAUGAUUAGUGUCAUUUCUAUGCUGGCAGACCCUAAUGGAGACUCACCUGCUAAUGUUGAUGCUGCGAAAGAAUGGAGGGAAGACAGAAAUGGAGAAUUCAAAAGGAAAGUUGCCCGCUGUGUAAGAAAAAGCCAAGAGACUGCUUUUGAGUGACAUUUAUUCAACAGCUGUAACUUCAUUUAUUUCAGGGUCUCCAAUUGAGAAACAUGGCACUGUUUUUCCUGCACUCUACCCACCUAUUGCUGGACUUCUGUUGUAACAAGUUGGCAAACACUGGCUGGAACUGGGCUGCAAUAAAACAUGCCAGUAUCAAUGCUGACAAGAGCCUAACAAGUGCCAACUUACAGAUGAUUACGCAUUUUGAAUUCUAAUGAACUGUUUUAACCUUCAGGAAGAAUUGUAAAGACCUGUACAUAGCACAACAUGAUCCGGAUAAUAUAUAUACUGUUCAUGUACAUCCACAAACACACCUUGUACCAAAUAAUGCUUUUGUUGUAGUAGAAUAAGAAUCGUGUAAAUUCUAAAAGAUUUUAGCAGGUUUUCUUUCCCUAUUCAUUGUUUCUUAUCAGUUUUAAAAGACUCCUUAAAGCAUGUCAGAUAAAAAGCAAUUAGGAUUAAAAGUUUCCAUUUAAUUUCCUUUAAACCAUUGAGGCUUCAUUAAACUCUUUUCACUUACUAAACUUUGUAUCUUCUUUGUUUUGACACACUCCCCUUUGCUUUUAUCUCUUCUGUCUGCCAGGAAGUUUUCAAAUCAUUUAGUUCAAAUACUGAAACACUCAAUAAGCAACUACUUGAUAUUUAAUGAUGACUUCAGAGGAAUGGUCAUCGCUAGGUGCUUCAUCCCUUUUGUAUUAUACUUGCACCCAUCUCUUGGAUUGGAUACAGCAAUAACAUUUUUUCAUUGUUGAGAGCUCUUGAAUUCAGUCAUUAUCCCCAAGAACUAAAAAGAGUUGGUUCUGAAUUCAAUUCAGUUUUUAAAUUAUUGAAAUUUACCCCAAACAAUACAAAAUUCUGAUUUGGUUUUAUUUUUGCCCUCAGUUACCUAAUGUGAAGGUUGGAUGAAUAAAGCAUGCACAGCUGCAGGCUUUCUACUUAACUUCUGGGUUUGCUAUUAAAAAUGCUGUUUACCCACACACCCUUCUCCUUAGCCCUUCAUAUUUCUUUGCCUCUAUUCUCUAUACUGCAGAUUUUUCUCACCUAUUGUACAGAGAAAUUGCGAUGUAUAUUUUCAUGUAAUUUGAUUUUGGAAUUCUGUCACCUUAUGUAGUGAGUUCUUCCAAAAUAUAAUUUUUUUCCAAUAA